AUGAAGGAAAGUCCCAGGAUGGCAGCUUGCAGCAGGCUUGAGGGAUUGGCGCUGGAGGAAGGACUUCAGAGAAUACGUCUGAGGAAACAAAAUGCUGUGAACAUUAGUGUACAAGUACAGGCAGACCUUGGAGAUAUUGCUGGUUUAGUUUUAGACCACUGCAAUAAAAAUACAAUUUUAUCUUUCCCAGUUGGAGUCAUUCGAUGUCCAGUUUGCAGCCAAGAAUGUGCAGAGAGACACAUCAUAGAUAAUUUUUUCGUGAAGGACACUACUGAGGUUCCCAGCAGUACUGUAGAAAAAUCUAAUCAGGUGUGUACAAGCUGUGAGGACAAUGCGGAAGCUAAUGGGUUUUGUGUAGAGUGUGUUGAAUGGCUCUGCAAGACAUGCAUCAGAGCUCAUCAAAGGGUAAAAUUCACAAAAGACCACACGGUGAGACAGAAAGAGGAAGUCUCUCCAGAGGCAGUUGGUGUGACCAGUCAGCGACCAGUGUUUUGUCCUUUUCAUAAAAAGGAGCAGCUGAAGCUUUACUGUGAAACAUGCGACAAAUUGACGUGUCGUGACUGCCAGUUAUUGGAACAUAAAGAGCACAGAUAUCAAUUUAUAGAAGAAGCUUUUCAGAAUCAGAAAGUGAUCAUAGAUACCCUAAUCACCAAACUGAUGGAAAAAACAAAAUACAUAAAAUUCACAGGAAAUCAGAUCCAAAACAGGAUAAUUGAAGUAAAUCAAAAUCAGAAGCAGGUGGAACAGGAUAUUAAAGUUGCCAUAUUUACACUGAUGGUAGAAAUAAAUAAAAAAGGAAAAGCUCUACUGCAUCAGCUUGAGAGCCUUGCAAAGGAUCAUCGCAUGAAACUUAUGCAACAACAACAGGAAGUGGCUGGACUUUCUAAACAGUUGGAACAUGUCAUGCAUUUUUCUAAAUGGGCAGUUUCCAGUGGCAGCAGUACAGCAUUACUCUAUAGCAAGCGACUGAUUACAUACCGGUUACGGCACCUCCUUCGAGCAAGGUGUGAUGCUUCCCCAGUGACCAACAAUACCAUCCAAUUUCACUGUGAUCCUAGUUUCUGGGCUCAAAAUAUUAUCAAUUUAGGUUCUUUAGUAAUCGAAGAUAAAGAGAGUCAACCACAAAUGCCUAAGCAGAAUCCUGUCGUGGAACAGAAUUCACAGCCACCAGGUGGUUUAUCUUCAAACCAGUUAUCCAAGUUUCCAACACAGAUCAGCCUAGCUCAAUUACGACUCCAGCAUAUGCAGCAACAGGUAAUGGCUCAGAGGCAACAGGUGCAACGGAGGCCAGCACCUGUGGGUUUACCAAACCCUAGAAUGCAGGGGCCCAUCCAGCAACCUUCCAUCUCUCAUCAGCAACCCCCUCCACGUCUCAUAAAUUUUCAGAAUCACAGCCCCAAGCCCAAUGGACCAGUUCUUCCUCCUCAUCCUCAACAGUUAAGAUACCCACCAAACCAGAAUUUGCCACGACAGGCAAUAAAGCCCAACCCCCUGCAGAUGGCUUUCUUGGCUCAACAAGCCAUAAAGCAGUGGCAGAUCAGCAGCGGGCAGGCUGCCCCAUCAGCUGCCAACAGCACGUCUUCGACUCCUUCCAGCCCCACCAUUACUAGUGCGGCGGGAUAUGAUGGGAAGGCCUUUGGUUCGCCUGUGAUUGACUUGAGCUCACCAGUGGGAGGUCCCUAUAAUCUUCCUUCUCUUCCAGACAUUGACUGUUCAAGUACAAUUAUGCUGGACAAUAUUGUGAGGAAAGAUACUAGUCUAGAUCAUGGCCAGCCAAGACCACCCUCCAACAGAACUGUUCAGUCACCAAAUUCCUCAGUGCCAUCUCCAGGCCUUGCAGGACCUGUUACUAUGACAAGUGUACACCCGCCAAUACGUUCACCGAGUGCCUCCAGCGUUGGGAGCCGAGGAAGCUCUGGCUCUUCCAGCAAACCAGCAGGAGCUGAUUCUACACACAAAGUCCCAGUGGUCAUGUUGGAGCCAAUCCGAAUAAAACAGGAAAACAGUGGACCACCUGAAAAUUAUGAUUUUCCUGUUGUUAUAGUGAAACAAGAAUCAGAUGAAGAAUCAAGGCCUCAAAAUGUAAUUUGUUAUGAUUGCAAUGCCUCGCAGAAAUCACCGCUUCAUGUUGGAGAGACGAGGAAGGAGGAUGACCCCAAUGAGGACUGGUGUGCAGUUUGUCAGAACGGAGGGGAACUCCUGUGCUGUGAGAAAUGUCCCAAAGUAUUCCACCUUUCUUGUCACGUGCCCACAUUGGCGAAUUUUCCAAGUGGAGAGUGGAUUUGCACUUUCUGCCGAGACUUAUCUAAACCAGAAGUUGAAUAUGAUUGUGAUGCUCCUAGUCACAACUCAGAAAAAAAGAAAACCGAAGGCCUUGUUAAACUCACACCGAUAGACAAAAGGAAGUGUGAACGCCUACUUUUAUUUCUUUACUGCCAUGAAAUGAGCCUGGCUUUUCAAGACCCAGUUCCUCUAACUGUGCCUGAUUAUUACAAAAUAAUUAAAAAUCCAAUGGAUUUGUCAACUAUCAAGAAAAGAUUACAAGAAGAUUAUUCCAUGUACACAAAGCCUGAAGAUUUUGUAGCUGAUUUUAGAUUGAUCUUUCAAAACUGUGCUGAAUUCAAUGAGCCUGACUCAGAAGUAGCCAAUGCUGGUAUGAAACUUGAAAGCUAUUUUGAAGAACUUCUGAAGAAUCUUUAUCCAGAAAAAAGGUUUCCUAAACCAGAAUUCAGGAAUGAAUCUGAAGAUAAUAAAUAUAGUGAUGACUCAGAUGAUGACUUUGUACAGCCCCGGAAGAAACGCCUCAAAAGCAUAGAGGAACGCCAGUUGCUUAAAUAAGCAGCGCCGUUGGCGUGUGCUGGUUUUUAGAUUUGUUUGUUUUCAAAAAACAUUUUGUCAAUAAUUUAAUUAUCAUUACCAAGAAGAAUUUGUGACCACUCUUAAGUUUUUGAUGUUUACUAGACUUUGAUUUCCUUGAUAAUCCAUUUCUUUUAACCUUCUUAUUAAGAAAGAAAGAAAAAGAGGGAAAGAAGGAGAAAGGAAGAAAGAAGCAGCAUCAACAACAAAAUAAAAAGACAUUCUCCCCACUUACUGGAUUUCAAACUGCAAAAUGGAGUGGUAGCUACUAUAGGAAGGAGAUAGACUUUGUAUGAACCCUAAGUUGAAAUUUUAACGUGGUUUGGAUGUGUGCGUUAAUCCAUUUUUAGAAAAUACCACUACCCAUUAAUUAUGGACCAACCAUGAGUUAGGUGUACUGUACGUAAGAGCAGUGCUCCAUGAAUAUGAGUGGUGAUAAGAGUUCUAUCCUAGGAUGUCCAGCAGUGCGACGAAAAAGUAGAUUAGAUGCUAUGAAGAAGGCACCUAAUAGUACAUAAUGUAAGAUGGCGACUGUAUUAAAGGAAAAGCAGGAAAACAAAUGUUUGAUUUUUGGUUUUGUUUUUUUCUUGUCUGUAGAGGUGUUUGGUAUAGCAGGUUUUCAAGGCCAUUUUUCAUACAUUUCUAAAUCUAACUUCUUCCACUGAGGAAGUAAGUGUACACAUUUGGUUUUGCUGUGUGUCUGUGUGGUUUGUUGUUUGUUUUUUAGCUGUGCAGGUGAUCCUUUUAUAACAAGACUCAUUGUUUGCACUAUGGCUUUUAGUGGAACUACCCAAAAUAUGAAAUACAGCAGUGUGUGCCAUAUUUGAUGUGAGUAUUCUUCAACUUACACCCUGUUGGGCAUUAAAUAUAAAU